CCCAUAGCUGUUAAUGAUUGGUGCGUCAAAUAUGAGUCAUCCCAAAAAACCCGAAUAUGCGUCUUUCUAUACAGGAAGAUUCUCGACUUAACAAAGCAUCUUCCCCUCUCUUAUUCUAUUCCCUUUUCCCCUUUUUUGUUUUUUUAUUCUAAAAAUUUUCAUUCAAAAACCGCCUCUUCGUAAUUUCUCCUUGCAUUUUACCACUACGAAUACUUCUCAACAUUAAUUAAUUCUCCACCAGAAUUAUUGGGUAUUAUACUCUACAGCACUCUCCAACCAAGUGUUUGUGCCAGCAAGAAAUUGCUGGCACACAACACAAAUUGAAUUGCCAUGAAUCACAGUAGAGCCCUUGAAGGUGUCCAUGGAGUCCAAGUGGUGCCUCAUUCACCGUUUUCUCUGACGGAAACUAAUCAAAGUCGGGAUCUUCAUCCAUCAUCUGGUGGUACUUCAACUACCAGAGAAAAUCAGUUGAUGAUAAUGCAACGGGCAUGGCAACAAAGACCAGCAUGCUUGAGACCUAUCCACUGCAGUAUUAGUUGUCAUGGUGAUCAGCAUGUUGCUGAAACAAUUGCUAAUGUGCUCACUUCGAUUCCUUUUAUAGCUCUUGGAAUGACUGCUCCCAGGAAGAAUUUCAGUUCUAAAAUGUAUGCCAAUUCGUUAAUUGGAGUUGGAGUGGCUUCAAGUAUGUACCAUUGCUCAAGAGGAAAAUUGAGGAAAUUUAUGAGAUGGGUUGAUUACACAAUGAUAGCUACAACAACUGUUUGUCUGUCAAGGGCCCUCAGAAACGAGAACCCAAAGUUGCUGAUGGCGGCAUCUGCAGCCUUUCUUCCCGUUAAUCCAUUAAUGGUUUCAGUUAUUCAUACUGGGAUGAUGGAGGUAGCAUUUGCUAAAAGGGCAUUGAAAGAUCCCGACUUGAGAAUGGCUCACACAGUGCACAAAAUGUCAUCAUUAAUGGGCGGUAUACUUUUUAUAGCCGAUGAUUUAUUCCCUAAAACUCCAUACCUUCAUGCUGCAUGGCAUCUUGCUGCUGCUGUUGGUGUAGGCACCUGCAAUAAGCUUCUUGAGUAGAUUUGCAUACUCUGAUCAAAAUGUGGAAGCAUCCAUUCUGUGCAGAGUAUGAAUAGCAUCAUCUACAUAAUUCGCCGGAUUUACAUUGUAAUCAGCAAUGGUUAUUAUUAUAAAGUAGUUCAUUAUCCUUAUAGAUCAUGUUUAUAUUGUAUUGUAGCUGGGCUUAAUUCAGAUUAGUUUGCCCAAUUUAUUUUACCUUAUUAAGUUGUUGUUGGAAACUUGGAUGUUCAUUGUUAGUAAAAUUUAUUAGAGGAAGGGAUUUGUCAGAAAAAAUAUUGCUGUUAUUAACUUAUUAUUGUUGCUCAAUUAUAAAACAGUAUGCAUUAUAAUUUUUAUCUUAA